UCGAUUCUAAAUUGUGUUUGUUGAUUGGUUGAUGUGUAUGUGAAUAAAAGUCGUAUGAGGCAAGUCAUACGAUAUCGCGAUGUUGUAUGAAAUAUUAUUAAUUGUAAUGAGACUAUGUUGGGUUUUCUGGGUUUUACUUAUUACUAUGGUUAAAGUUCAUUGGUCCAGAACAGUGUUUUGUGAUGACUGUUUUUUUUUCUUUCUUUCGACAGGUAAAUGUGUCUUACUUCACUUCAGUAUCAAGACAGGAGGAGUUAGAGGCCACUUUAGACUUUGUAAUCUCACUCUUCUCCAUUACAUAUUGCCUGGCCAUUAGCAUUUCAAUUAUUUUUUGUCUGCGGUUUGACUGUGUUAGAACAAAGGUGUGGGUUGCUGUAGCUGGUGUAAUCUCUGCUGGUAUGGCUGUACUCUCCAGUUUUGGACUGCUGCUGCUCUGUGGAAUCCCUUUUGCAAUGACAGUGGCUACGGUCCCCUUUCUGAUUCUUGGUAUUGGUGUUGAUGAUAUGUUCAUAAUGAUCUCCUGCUGGCAGAAGACUAAAGUUCAUGAUGAAGUUGAGGAACGCAUAGCAGCAACAUAUAAAGAGGCUGCUGUGUCCAUCACUAUCACCACACUGACAGAUGUGCUCUCUUUCUACGUCGGUCUCUUUACUCCGUUCCACUCAGUACAGUCUUUCUGUAUGUACGCUAGCACAGCUAUUCUCUUCUGUUACUUCCUUAACAUCAUGUUCUUUGGCGCCUGUCUUGCACUGAAUGGAAGGCGAGAAAAAGGUAACAAAAACUGGCUGACUUGUAUGGAAGUCCCAAAAGCCAAUGCUGGUGAUUCUACAGGCAAUAUUUGUUGUACUGGUGGAGCUUUUAAUGAAAACACUGGUACUGAUUUAGAAAUGCCAAUGGAUUUAUUCUUUCAAAAGCACUAUGGGUCAUUUCUGACAAAGACCUGGGUUAAGAUGUUUGUGUGUUUGUUGUAUGCUGGUUAUUUGGCAGUCAGCAUUUAUGGAUGCUCCCAAAUACAGGAGGGACUUGAUCUGAAAAAUUUAGCUACGGAUGACUCGUAUGUCUACAAUUAUUACAGUGAUGAAGAUAAAUAUUUUUCUGCUUAUGGUCCCAAUGUCAUGUUGGUUAUAACCGAUGAACACUUUCAGUACUGGAAUUCAACUGCUCGUGAACACCUUGACAGAUGUCUGGAACAUUUUCAGAAUCUUUCAAUGGCAUCUAAAGAUUCAGAGAUUUCAUUUAUUUCUUGGCUUCAUGAAUACAUAAAGCAUGGAAAGAGUAUUACAGAUAAUGAAACACAAUUCAAAAGUAAUUUGACUGCAUUUCUUAAUAGUGCGGAUUUUAGUCAGGAUGUCAGCUUCACUAACAAUCAAAUUCACGCAUCACGCAUGUUCAUUCAGACAAUGAACUUUAGAACGUCGGUCAAUCAGAAAGAGCUGCUCAAUGCAUUUAGAGAAACAGCAGAAAAAUGUGAUAAGUUGCCGACACCCAUUAAUCUCACAGUGUACCAUCCUUUGUUUAUCUAUUUUGACCAAUUUGCUGUUAUAGUCAGUAAUACAAUCCAGAAUGUAAUAGUGACAACCUGUGCGAUGUUAGUUAUUUCGCUCUUGUUGACUCCCAAUCCUCUCUGUUCUCUCUGGGUGACUUUUGCCAUUGCAUCUGUUUUUGUGGGUGUGGCUGGUUUCAUGGCACUCUGGGAUGUUAAUUUAGACUCAGUUUCUAUGAUAAUUCUUAUUAUCUGUAUCGGGUUUUCUGUGGACUUCUCUGCUCAUAUAUCCUACGCUUUUGUGUCCAGUGAAAAAUCUUCAGCAAAUGAGAAAGCCAUAGAUGCGAUCUUUAAUCUGGGUUAUCCAAUAAUACAAGGUGCGGUGUCCACUAUUGCAGGUGUAGUUGUGCUUGCUGGUGCAGAAAGCUAUAUCUUCAGAACCUUCUUUAAAAUCAUGUUCUUAGUCAUUAUUAUUGGGGUCAUCCAUGGCAUCAUGUUCAUUCCUGUGUUUUUGACCUUCUUUGGCACUUGUGGCCAGAUAUCUUGUGGCAAAUGCGGAAAAAAUAAAAAGAGUCUACCACCCCUGGAGUUCGCUAGUUCGCUAGUUCGAAUCCCAUGGCGUGCUGAGUGACUCCAGCCAGGUCUCGUAAGCAACCAAAUUGGGCCGGUUGCUAGGGAGGGUAGAGUCACAUGGGGUAACCUCCUCGUGGUCGCUAUAAUGUGGUUUGUUCUCGGUGGGGUGCGUGGUGAAUUGAGCGUGGUUGCCGCGGUGGAUGGCGUGAAGCCUCCAUAUGCGCUAUGUCUCCGUGGAAACGCGCUCAACAAGCCACGUGAUAAGAUGCGCGGGUUGACUGUCUCAGACGCGGAGGCAACUGGGAUUCGUCCUCCGCCACCCGGACUGAGGCGAAUCACUAUGCGACCACGAGGACUUAGAGCGCAUUGGGAAUUGGACAUUCCAAAUUGGGAGAAAAAGGGGAAAAAUUCCCCCCCAAAAAAAUAAAAAAAAUAAAAAUAAAAACAAAUAAAAAGAGUCAAGGGCAUUUAGAGCACACUGACAGAAAGGAUCAGAAAGUAGUAACGGUAAUGAGCCAGAAUGUAAUUAUCCACAGUGAUACCAAGUUUAAUACUUCCAAUAAUGUCACCUAUUAUUGCGGCAUUGAUUGCAGGACGGCUAUGCCGGUAUUAAUCGCACUGGAGAAUGGAGCACUGCCAAUUGAUCCGGACUGUUACUGACUUUAAUUUUCUAAAAACAUGUAGCACUUAUACUGGCUUGAGAAAGCCAACAUACUGUUAUUCUACAAACUUGAUUUAGGGUUUAUCUAGAACUAACUCAUCUAUGAGCUUUCAAGCUUUACAAUCACCAUACUUGGCACAGACCUAGAGUACUGUCUGACUUAGGGGCCGUUCACACUAGAAUAACUAUUUCAUAAUCGACUACUAGUCAGUCAGUUGUUUGAACGACUAGUCGACUUGUCAGUGUUAAGGUUAAUAAUGUAGACUUAAGAUUCUGUUAUGUUAACGUGAUCCUGAUCAGACACGUUUCUGAGGGAUAUACGGACGCCAAGAGCAGCACCUGGACAUGAUAAUAGAUAAUCAACAAAUAUAUAAGCUAAAUAACUAUAACAUCUUAUUGCACAAAACUAUCAAAGUAAGAGAAGUAAGAAAUAAGAAAGGCUCAAAUACAGAACGGCACAAAACCGCUUCCGCGCAUCCUGAAUGUGGAAUGAUGUGCUUCAAUGUAACCGGAGUGCUUCAGGGCCAUCCUUGCUGCCAAUUCAAAAGCGCAGAACUGCAAGAUAAUGAUGCAGGUACACAUCUACUUCACGACAUCAAGCAGUUUAUAUCUUUUUUACUGCAACUAUUUAUUUAAACAGUGUCAGACAGAAUCAGCAAAAGACUUUAAUCUCUCCAAAGCACCUCACAAAUACGGGAACAUUACUCGUAGCAGAGGAUUUAACGUCGGACAGCAAUCAUCUUGUAAUGUGUUGUAUUGAUGCAGCGCUUUGAUGGCUGAAACAGCAGCGGUGCAUAAAUGGACUAAACUUAAAGUAAUAAAGAGACAAAACUUCUUGCAGAAGGUUUUACUGUGCUGAUUAUUAUACACUUUUGAGCACAGAAAACUCUAAAUCACAAAAAAAAACACUCCAAGAAAUUGCGUCUUUCGAUUAAUUUGAGAACUGCGUCUGAUUAAAACCACCACCACUAAAAAUACUAAAUGUUAGUAGUCGACCACACUAAUCCGCUAGUCAGUUGAUGGACGACUCAUCAAUUAGUUGACCACUGUGGCACAUCCCUAGUUCACACCAAACACAUCCUUUCACAAAAAAAAAAAAAAAGCUAGACGUAGCACCACAUUCACCUUUCAAUACACCUUUUUAAAAGUUUCCUUUCUUUUUAA